UCGUGGAUGGACUGGGUGGGCGGCCGGCGAGGAGCAUGGAGGCGCCCUGGGGGACCGCUAACGCUGAGCCGGGCUGGUUUGUCUCUGCCCGGCAAACCGAAGAGGCGGAAACGGAAGAGUUGAGCCCGUUGCUAAGCAACGAGUCACAAGAUUUUUCUUUUCUCGGCUUAGUCAUUGGGGACCUAUGACCAUCUUAAUAUAGAGAUCCUUAACGGCACAGGAGUGAAGGCGGCCUGGUAAUAAGAACUUCACAGACAGGGAUCCCCAGGUGUUUCCUUUGGUCUCUCAGUGUUUAAUUUGAUGAAUGCCAUCAUGGGAAGUGGCAUUCUUGGCUUAGCUUAUGUUAUGGCUCAUACUGGUAUCCUUGGAUUUAGUUUCUUGCUGCUGAUAGUUGCUCUGCUGGCUUCUUACUCAGUUCACCUCCUGCUUAGUAUGUGUAUACAGACAGCUGUGACAUCUUAUGAAGAUCUUGGACUCUUUGCAUUUGGAUUGCCUGGAAAGGUUGUGGUGGCAGGCACCAUAAUAAUUCAGAAUAUUGGAGCUAUGUCAUCUUAUCUUUUAAUUAUUAAAACAGAGCUUCCUGCAACUAUUUCAGAAUUUUUGUCUGGUGACUAUAGUGGGUCUUGGUAUCUUGAUGGACAAACACUACUAAUAAUCAUUUGUGUUGGCAUCGUGUUCCCUCUUGCACUUCUUCCUAAAAUAGGCUUUCUUGGCUACACAAGUAGUUUAUCAUUUUUCUUUAUGGUGUUCUUUGCUCUUGUGAUAAUAAUUAAAAAAUGGUCCAUCCCCUGUCCUCUGACAUUAAAUUAUGUGGAGCAACACUUCCAGAUUUCAAAUGCUACAGAUGAUUGUAAACCAAAGCUCUUUCAUUUCUCCAAAGAGAGUGCUUAUGCCAUACCAACCAUGGCUUUUUCAUUUCUCUGCCAUACCUCAAUAUUGCCUAUUUACUGUGAACUUCAAAGCCCUUCUAAGAAAAGAAUGCAGAAUGUAACCAAUACAGCCAUUGCUUUAAGUUUUCUCGUUUAUUUUGUAUCUGCACUCUUUGGGUACCUCACUUUUUAUGACAAAGUGGCGUCAGAAUUACUACAGGGUUAUAGUAAAUACUUGCCACAUGAUGUUGCUGUCACGACUGUGAAGUUAUGCAUACUAUUUGCUGUGCUUUUGACAGUGCCUCUAAUCCACUUCCCUGCAAGGAAAGCUUUAAUGAUGAUGCUUUUCUCCAAUCUCCCAUUCUCGUGGACUCGCCAUUCUUUGAUCACUAUAGCACUCAAUAUUAUCAUUGUUUUAUUUGCACUCUAUGUUCCUGACAUUAGGAAUGUAUUUGGUAUAGUUGGUUCCAGUACAUCCACGUGUUUGAUUUUUGUAUUCCCAGGGCUGUUUUAUCUUAAAUUGAGCAGAGAGGAUUUUCUCUCAUGGAAAAAGUUGGGGGCGUUUGUUUUGCUCAUCUUUGGUAUUUUGGUUGGUAAUUUUAGUUUAGCACUCAUUAUUUUUAAUUGGAUUACUAAAUGAAAAAAUAUUUUCCCACUUCUCAUGAAGAGUAAGUUACCUCCCUAUGCAAAAAAGGAAUUAUUCUGGAAGGCACCUUGGAUGAAUCCUCUUCGUAGGGCUUGACAUUUUUGCAAACAUUAACAGAAAAGCACAACAAAAUGGGAGUGAGUAAGGGAAAGUAGACAUAGUGGUUUUAAUCGAAAUAAGAAACAAACUCAAAAUGCGCUUAAAAAUGUUGAGCAUCUUUUGUUGGGGUUUUUUAAUUAAUAGACUUUAUCUUCUAGGGUAAUUUUAAUGUUUACUGAAAUAAUUGAGCAGAAAGUACAGAGUUCUCAUAUAUCCCCUCAUUCCCAGGACACCCAUAUUUUCCCAUCUGGCAAAGAUCGUGCAUUAGUGAGGUGCAUUUCUUACACUUGAUGAGCCAGUAUUGAUACAUUGUUAUUUACUUAAGUUCAUGGUUUACAUUAGGGUUUACUUUUGAUGCAGACGUUGUCAACCACUGAUCUUUUUACUGUCUCCAAAAAAGCCAUGAGCUCUAGGAGCUUUUUCUACAAUGUUAUUUAGUGGAAUCAUUCAGCUCUAACCUUUCAGACUGUCUUCACUUAGCAAUAUGCAUUUAAAUUUCCUCCAUGUCUCUUUUCGUAUCUUGAUAGCUCAUUUCUUUUUAUCACUGAUAAUACUCCAUUGUGUGGAUGUACCACAGUUUGUUUUUCCGUUCACCUGUUGAAUGACUUCUUGUUUGCUUCCAAAUUUUGUCAUUUAUGGAUAAAGCUGCUACAAACAUUUGUAUGCAGAUUUUUGUGUGGACAUAAGUUUUCAGCUUAUUUGGGUUAAUACAAAGAGCACAAUUGCUAUAUCAUAUGGUAGAAUAUUUAGUCUAGUAAGAAACUGCUAAACUGCCUUCCAAAGUGGCUGUAACAUUUUACAGUCCUGCCAGCAAUGUAUGAAGAGUUCUCAUUGUUCCACAUCCUCGCCAGCAUUUGGUGUUGUCAGUGUUUUGGAUUUUCGCCAUUCUAAUGGGUGUGUAAUUGUAUUUUGUUGUUUUAAUUCGUAUUUCCCUAAUGAAUUAUUAUGUUGAGCAUCUUUUCAUAUGCUUAUUUGCCAUCUGUAUAUUUUCUUUGGUGAGGUUCAGAUUUUUUAAAAUGGGUUGUUUUCUCGUGGUUGAAUUUUAAGCAUUCUUUGUAUAGUUUAGAUACUAGUCUUUUAUCAUAAAUGUGUUUUGCAAAGAUUUUCUCCUAGUCAUUGGCUUGUGUUUUCAUUCUUAACAGUGUCUUUUGCAGAUAAUUUUUUAAUAUUAUUAAAUAUAUUGAGUCAAUGUUUC